UCGCUGCAGUUUUGUUACCGAGGCUGCUUGAAAGUGUAAGGUAAAACCUUCGUCUCCUCCCAGUUUUCUCCUAUUUUGUCUCUUUCUCUUUAACAGACCCUGAGGCUCAGUCCAGCGUCGGGUAACAGUAGAAACAGCCACCACAGGACGGUCUGGGCCGAGUGUUGUCCCUAUGGAGAGCACCCCGUCCUGGACCAGUGGUCCCAUUGAUGAAGGGCCAUACCGAGAGCGCUCCGUCGACCCCGUAGAGAUUGAGAUCCAGCACUUCGGAGUGAGACCCAAAGUCAACAAGGAUGCCAACGACAAUACGACUGGGCCGGAGACGAUAAGCUUUCUCCACUCCAAAGAGGAGCCCGUCUCGGGGACGUGUAUGUGCGGACCUUGCGCUUCUGUGAGUAGCUGCAGGAAGCUCUUUUGUAGCGUUUUGACUUGUGGACUGUACCGCGUGUGCCGGCGCUUGCCUUGUCUCGUUUCGAGCGAAAGCUCAGCUCCCAAAGCGCCGGUGGAGAACCAGUCAAGACCUCCACAGGCUGAGAACGGCUUCUAUUCCGACAUCCGCAUUGGUGGCGUCAAAGUGGACACGUCCGUCAUUGAUGAAGAUCACGAGUCAUUUUCCACUUCCAAAAUCACGAUGGACAGUCCGAUUUACUUCAGUAGCUUACCGGAGGAUGACUUAAUCUGCGGCAGCGGGAUGGAAGACGUGGACAAACUCAUCACCCGGAAGCUCAUGGAGGUCUUCUCUGAGUUUGAGAUCAACGAGCUGGCCAAGUGCACCACGGACUCCAUGUUCCUGCGGCGCUCCCGGGAGAUCAGUCAGCUGAUCUCGGAUAUCGUGGAGGAGCACAACAUGGAGGAGCAGGAGGCCGAGUGCCGGCUGGUGCGAGAGAUCAUUCGCAUUAGCACACGCAAGAGUAAGAAGAAGCCGCAGGUCAGGCCGCAGGAGCUGCAGCGGGACAGCGGCAAUGACACCUGGAACAGCAAGAGGAACAGCCAGAAGAGCAGCUUCAAUUCCAUGAGCGAUGGAAAGUUGCAGAUUUCAAUGGAGCGGUCAGAUGACAUUGAAGCCAGGAAGUUACGCAACAACAGUAGCCAGUCUUUCUCUCCAAGUUUGCAGGAAACUGGUGUGCCGAUCACGUCGAAUGCUCCUUUACUCCCCAGCAGCAGCAUACGAGCGUGAGAGUGUCCCGUGCAUCAUUUAAAUUUCCACACCUCCAUAAACGAUGAAUAAUUUGUCUCUGUGAGGAAUAUGUCCUCUGGCUUGGAGUCAGUGGCUGAUUUUGAAGUAUGCCCCUAAAAAUUGUGAUUUCAUGGGUAGUUUAUUUGAACAUAUCUGAAAUGGUAGGAGUAUUUAUGCUUCUCAUUUUCAUAAUUUCUUGAGAUGGAUGUGUGAUGUAUGCCGUAAGCCGACAAAUGACUCGCUGAGAAUGAAGAAUUCAGAACUCAGAAACAGUCUGACCUCUUUAUUGCCAGCAGGAUGCAC